AUGCCUCGCUUCCCCAAACCCCACAGUCUGGCCGUGCCAGUCAAGCCUCCCAAGGGUCAUUUCUUCUUUGCUGGACACACAAUUGAGCGUGUCAAAUGGUGGACGUCAGGUCCUAUGAGGAAGCUCUACUUCCUCAUGGGUGUCAUGAUCAUGACCAACACUGCCAAUGGCUUUGAUGGCUCUAUGAUGAACGGUCUUCAGAGUUUGUCGUACUGGCAGGAGUACUUCAACUACCCCAGGGGUUCAAUCUUGGGCUUGUUCAAUGCUUCUAUGAGCCUGGGCUCCCUGAUUGGUCUCUUCUUUGUGCCUUACCUCAUCGACAGACUCGGUCGUCGCGCCGGUAUUCUCAUCGGAUCGGUCAUCAUGUGUCUUGGUGUCGGCCUCCAGACAGGUGCCGCAAACUUCGGCAUGUUCGUUGCCGCUCGUCUACUUAUCGGGUUUGGUGAUUGUAUCGUACUCGGAUCUGCACCCCUUCUGAUCACUGAACUGGCCCAUCCUCAAGACCGCGCUGUGCUCGUCACUCUCUCAGGUGCCUCGUACCAUUCAGGCGCCUUUAUUGCAAGUUGGGUCACAUACGCGACUCUCAAGAUUCCCAGCGAUUGGGCAUGGCGCCUUCCCUCCCUGCUUCAAUGCACCUUUUCCAUCAUCAUCUCUAUUGCAGUCAUCUUCACCCCUGAGUCUCCUCGUUGGUUAAUCAGCAAGGAUCGCUCCGAGGAAGCUCUGAACAUCUUGGCUAAAUACCACUCUGUUACUGGCGACACUGAAGACAAGGUUGUUCAGCUUGAGUACAACGAAAUUGUUGCAGCUAUCAAGAUGGACCAAGAGGCCAAUCGUACUGGCUGGCUUGAUCUGGUCAAGACUAAGGGCAACAGAAAGAGGAUGGGUAUCAUUACUGCCAUCGGUUUCUUCUCUCAAUGGUCUGGCAACGGCAUCAUUUCUUACUAUUUGGCCACCAUUAUGAAAGAAAUCGGCAUCACCUCCUCGAAAACCCAGCUUGGUAUCAACGGCGGCAUGAAAUCAUGCUCUCUCGUCACCAACAUGGGUAUGUCUUUCUUCGCCGAUAAGCUCGGUCGUCGCCCGAUGUACUUGAUCUCCACAAUCGGUACAUUCGUCGUGUUCAACAUCGCAACUAUCAUUGCCGCACGUUACGCUGCAACCCCACACGCCUCUCUUGGUGCAGCGUUCGUCGCAAUGCUGUUCAUCUACGGGUUCUUCUAUGACUUCAAGAACGGUCUCAUGGCUACAUACACCACUGAGAUUAUGCCUUAUGGUCUUCGCGCCAAGGGCUUUACCUGGCUCAACUUCUGUGUCACCCUCUCGCUGUUCUUCAACCAGUACAUCAAUGCCAUCGCCCUCGACGCGCUGAAGUGGAAGUACUACAUCUGCUACUGCGUUUUCCUGGCCUUCGAAGUCGGUGUCAUCUACCUCUUCCUCGUGGAGACCCGCUACACUCCCCUGGAGGAGAUUGCAAAGUACUUUGAUGGCGAAGACAGAACUCUUGAUGUUGCUGCUGUUGCCAAUGAACAAGUCAAGCAUGAUGGCGAUGGUGAGCUCAAGGAGAAGGGCUUGACCGUACAGCAAGUCGAGAUCGUCGAGAAGGUCUGA